AGCACGUAUUGAAUGGCAAAGAAAAGUGCAAACAAUAACAAACACAAUACAAUUAAAACUAAUUAUAAAUUAACACCGCGUUUGUGUGGACACAAUCCCCGCCGCACCCAUCGCUGGACACAUAGUGUGUGAUUGAGUGGAUAACCGCGCCCCCUUUUCGUUGGUGAAGAAGAUGUCUACUCCGGGCACCGGAUGGGGUUCGGGACCCAAUCAGUACCACGAGAGCGCCCAAGAGAUUGAGCGCAUCCAACGGCGGGCGCAGAUCCGCCGCAACCUCAAGAGCGAGUUCAACCGUAUCUAUUAUAACCCAUACAAAGCGGCCGCACACGUGGAAAUGUUAGAUCCAGCGGUGCAACGGUUUAUGGCGAUGAGAGCGACGUAUUGGCAGUACUGGAAGCCCUCGUGGCGUAGUUUUGCCAACUUCUUCGUGGCCUCGUUUCUGCCCAUCUGGGGCUGGGGUUACUUCAUUAACUACAAACGGAGGGAGUUUGACGCCAAGUGCCGCACCGGAGAGAUACGAGUCCAUCAAAGACAGGUUCGGGCCGUAUGAGUGCCGCCCCCACCGCCCGUUGCGCUCAUUGGCAAUGGUUUUUGUGUUGCGGUGGUGUUAGAGACAUGUCUUAUAUAUUAGCAAUUUAGCAAAUAGAUAGCGAUUUAAUUUUGUUUGUAAUUAGUUUUAAUUAAAAUUUAAAAUAAACAUUUAUUGUGAAUUAAACCCAAA